AUGAAGUCCCUCUUCUCCAAGGGCUCAAAGAAUGGGGUGAGUGACAAUACAUCGUACAUCCCUACUGCCAUGCUCUUUCAGUCUGGUAGCACAGCAGAUGCUUCGACCCCUCGUGAGACCAUUCAGAUUAGGACCGCCACUGACUUGCACUUCUUUGCGCAGGCUGCCAACCCCCCGGCUACGGCGCCACCCGUACCGCAGAUUUCGCCGCUAGAAAAGAGGUUACAGGACAUGGGAUCCAUCCGUGGGGAUGGGAGUGACAAGUUCUACGGCAUGGAAAAUUAUGGAAACACUUGUUACUGCAACUCAAUCUUGCAAUGUCUCUACUACUCGGUCCCCUUCCGGGAAGCCGUCAUCAACUACCCGCAACGCACACCGAUGGACAACCUCGAGGCGGCGCUCGCAAAGAACCUACGUUAUCAGAACCCGAAUGCACACCUCGAAGCCGAAGCACUAGCCGCCAAACAAAAGGCUUCCUCCCCACCAUCCGCGCGCCAGGCCGGUGUACCCCCAAAUCCAAACCAGAAACCGGAGGACAAGGACUCACCAGAAUACAAGAAGAAGGUAGCACUGCAGACCCUUCCGAUUCUGGAAACCAAGAACAAUGCGACCAGUUAUGGGAUGUCCGAGUCCCUUUUCACUUCGCUCAAGGAUAUCUUCGAAUCGGUGGUAGCCAGCCAAGCGCGCAUUGGUAUCGUUCGCCCACAACAGUUCCUGGACGUUCUACGACGAGAAAAUGAAAUGUUCCGGACCGCCAUGCACCAGGAUGCGCACGAGUUUUUGAAUUUGCUCCUCAAUGAGGUAGUGGCCAAUGUCGAAACGGAGGCCACGAAGCAAUCAUUCACAGAGAAGGCGUUGCCACCAACGGAAAGUGCGGAUUCGCUGGGAAUGAUGCCCUCGAGCACGGGUUCGAAGUCACCAAACACUACGAGGUGGGUUCACGAGCUGUUUGAGGGAACUCUGACGUCCGAGACCAAGUGUCUCACUUGUGAAAAGGUCUCGCAGCGAGAUGAGGUGUUUUUGGAUCUAUCGGUAGAUCUCGAGCAGCAUUCGUCCGUGACCUCUUGUCUCCGAAAGUUUUCAGCGGAGGAGAUGCUUUGUGAGCGCAACAAGUUCCACUGCGACAACUGCGGUGGACUGCAAGAAGCGGAGAAGCGGAUGAAGAUCAAGCGUUUGCCCCGUGUGCUGGCUUUGCAUUUGAAGCGUUUCAAAUAUACAGAGGACUUGCAGCGACUGCAGAAGCUGUUCCAUCGUGUCGUCUAUCCCUACCAUCUUCGGCUGUUUAACACCACAGACGAUGCCGAAGACCCAGACCGGCUUUAUGAAUUGUAUGCGGUGGUGGUUCACAUUGGCGGAGGACCGUAUCACGGCCACUACGUUGCCAUCAUCAAGACCGAAGACCGUGGUUGGCUGCUGUUCGAUGAUGAGCUUGUGGAACCGGUUGACAAAAGUUACGUGCGCAACUUCUUUGGAGAUCGACCUGGAUUGGCGUGUGCCUAUGUUCUAUUCUAUCAAGAGACAACUCCCGAGGCUGUCAUGCGAGAGCAGGCGCAAGAGGACCAAGCUUCCACCGCCGCGCCAGCUGAAACAAGCGAGACCGGAAAGUCGAAUGGAUCUCCCUUCUCACCACCACUAGCCCAUGCCCAAAGUGCAUCCCAGGUGCCUCCUGAGAAUCCAAUCCCCUUUACUCCCCUCAGCCGAAUCCCAACCGCACCCCCACUGUCUACCUACCCAGAAGAACCCGUGGCGCCCCAUCCAACCUCGCCGCAAUCCCUUCCACCGCCUCUCCCUCCGAUCCCUGACGAGCCAGCUCCCCCAUUGAGCCCAAAGAAGAGUGAUCACCAACUACGGAAGGAACGUCGGGCUAUGGAGAAAGAGAAGGAUAAGAAUGAAAAGAAUCGCCUGAAAGAGCAGGAGUUGCACAACCGAGAAAUGCAGCGACGGGAGGCAGAGGAGUUGAAAAGAGCCAUCGACGCCAGCAGGGCCGACACGGUGGAUUUCAGCGCUGAGAAUGGAUCACCAAGGAAGUCGAGCAGUUUCGGCUUUUUGAAACGAGGCAGCCGCAGCCUCAGUCAUCGACUCAGCAAAGACAAAGAACCCCGAGUCUCAACAUCGGAUCUCUCAACAGCGCCGCUUCUUCCAGAAGUUGUACCGGAAGCACCUCUCAAGGAGGCAGAACCGGCCCAGCCAGCCACCACACCAGUUCAGCCGAUCAAGCCAGUUCAGUCACCGGUUUCUUCUCCGAGAAAUUUCCCACCUAUCUCCAACCCUAAGCAACCCAAGCAACCCAUCCGAACCCCCGAGCCCUUGGCCAAAGACUUGGCCAAAGACCAACACACCAACCAUACAAAGCCCGGUCAUACCCCUCGGUGGAGAUCUUUCAGUUUCAAGAAAGUGGCAUGA